GUAGCCAGUGUGAGUGAGAGUCUAGUGAGGAACGGACGGAUUUGCGGCGGUAGCUCUUUUUGGUGGAGAGGUGUGGAGAGAAAAUUCCUAAAUUAGUGCUCGACGAAGGCAUUAGUUUCCCUUUUCACGGGGAAUACAAGAAUAACAUAACAUGGCGGACGUCGAACUCAACAUCGACAGCCUUAUCCAAAGGCUCCUCGAAGCAUACCAGACCCAGAAAGAAAAUGAGAACCAGGUUCAGGUUCAGACUCAGAAGAAGGCCAAGCUUAAAGAUAUAUUUUCUUCAGACUUUGUUGUGCGAGGAUGUCGGCCUGGCAAGUCUGUUGUCAUGACAGAGACAGAGGUACGAGGUCUCUGUCUGAAAUCACGAGAAAUCUUCCUCCAACAACCAAUUCUUUUAGAAUUAGAAGCACCUUUGAAGAUAUGCGGAGAUAUACAUGGACAGUACACUGAUCUACUCAGACUUUUUGAGUAUGGAGGCUUUCCACCAGAAGCAAAUUACUUGUUCCUUGGUGAUUACGUUGACAGGGGAAAACAAUCACUCGAAACAAUAUGUUUACUACUUGCAUAUAAAAUAAAAUAUCCGGAAAAUUUUUUCCUGCUUAGAGGAAAUCAUGAGUGUGCAAGUAUAAACAGGAUAUACGGGUUCUAUGAUGAAUGCAAGCGCAGGUAUAAUAUCAAACUAUGGAAAACUUUCACAGAUUGUUUCAACUGCUUGCCUAUUGCCGCGAUCAUUGACGAAAAAAUAUUUUGUUGUCAUGGCGGUCUGAGUCCUGAUCUACAGAAUAUGGAACAAAUUCGACGAAUCAUGCGCCCAACUGAUGUACCUGAUACUGGUCUUCUCUGUGACUUAUUGUGGUCUGAUCCUGAUAAAGAUGUUCAGGGUUGGGGUGAAAACGACCGAGGGGUAUCAUUUACGUUUGGGCCAGAUGUGGUGUCAAAGUUCCUGAACCGUCACGAUAUGGACUUGAUUUGCCGAGCUCAUCAGGUGGUUGAAGACGGCUACGAGUUUUUUGCAAAGCGACAACUCGUCACUUUAUUCUCCGCUCCAAACUAUUGUGGUGAAUUUGACAAUGCCGGUGGUAUGAUGAGCGUCGACGAGACUCUCAUGUGCAGCUUCCAGAUAUUGAAACCAUCGGAAAAGAAGGCAAAGUAUCAGUACGGUGGAAUGAAUGCUGCUCAAGCGGGCAGUCGACCGUCUACUCCACAAAGAAAUCCAGCAAAGAAAAAAUGACCACCCACGGCUGAGCCAGCAUAGCCUCAUCCAUUGGCGUUCUAAAUGAGAUACAGGACGUCAUACUACCAAAAUGAAUCUUCACAUGCUUAAUUAUAUAUCCUCUUUUCUUGAUUUCAUUUUAGUCAUCGAAACGACAACGUGAGCAAUCUCAUGUUCCUAUAUGUAUGUCAGGAAAAUUUAUUGUUUUCGGUUGGGCAGCGAACUUACGAUAUGGAAUUUCAUGAAUUGUUCGUAGCAUAGAAUUCAUGUUAUGAGGCAUUUUUUAAAAAUAUUAUUUUAUUCGUUUUCUUUUUCUUUUUUAAUUUAUUUGCAUACUAGUAAAAUAAUUUUAAUUAGUAUUAAAUACUCUCUUCAAAAAAUUGUUGAAUAACAAAUUAAUAUGUGCAUGACACACACGCGGGCGCGCGGACACGGAUACACACGAACACACGCGAAUACGUAACAUGCCAACUUAUUGUGUACACAGCGAUGAUUUAACCGAUUUUUUUAUGAUUAUACUUUGAGAAAAUAGGGCGAUUUCGAGAAUCACCCAGUAUUUCAUAGUAUUGAUAGAAUUUUAUGUUUAUUAACGUUAGAUUUUGAAUGUCGAAUAACCAAUUAUACUUUAGACAUCUUUUUAUCUGUUUUAUUUUAGAAAUUGAAUAGUAUUGCUUUCUUUUUCCCUUCUCCUGAAUAGUGUUGUAAAAUAGCGAGAAACUUUAUAAUGAAAAUGGAAUUAAUGUAAAAAACAAACAAAAAAAUGGUAAUGCUUCUUUAAAUUGAAAAUGAUUAAUGAUAUGGUUUUGAUUAACUUCAAAGUAUCUUACAUUUUGUAAUCUUAGGAAUAAUUAUUUAUAGUUUUCAUCCCUUAUAGUGCUGCAUUGCUGAUAUCCAAGCAUUAUCUGCAAGGCACACAAACUUAUCAUUUUUCUUUUUAGAGCAAAAUCAACUAUCAAACUUUUUUUACGAAUCUAUUAUGAUUACAAUAGUUGAAAAUGAUAUUAUGAAAUCUGCCAUGUAAGUUGAUAGUAUGCUAUAUUUUUUGAAAGCAUUAUAUUUUUUGAGUAAAAAAAUAUGGUUCCAAAUGCUCGCGUAAUCACUGAUAACAUUUCAAAUAUGAAUACGAAUUUCAUUGUUAACAAUGAAAAUUGUAAUAAUGAGUUACAAUGAAUGUAAACAAAGAACUAAUUUUAUAAAAAAAAAAUUAAAGAUUGAAAUGUAGAUUGCAAAUUAUUGUCUACCCUGAACAGUUAGACAUAGAUUAAGUAACCUUAAAUGAUUGUAUAGGAAAGGGAAAUUUCAUUUUAAAUAAGUAAACGCAAAUUUAUAUUUUCGCACUUGUCGUUGAAGUAAUUGUAACAUUCUGUACUAUCGACGACAGUCUUCCCCUACACAGAAUACAAAGUUACAGUAUCAGCUAUAAUAUAUGCAUUUAAUUUUUGACGUGAAUACAAAAUAGAUGCAAAAUGUGUAAAUAUUUUUGUGUAUUUGUCAUGUAUAAUCUAUACUAUUUCUUGAUGUUUCAAUUUUAUGUAUUAUGUGAUAAUGCAUAUUGAAGUCUAUUUUUGACGUAUACUGCUGUUCUUAUAUUGUUAUAAAUAUACAAUAACAUUUAUACUUUUUGUUCUAAAUGUUGUAUCAACAAAUAUGACAUAUUUUGAAAUACUACGCAAAAAUAUUUACAAAAAAUAAUUUGAAAUAUUUAUAAAUAAUUUACACUAAAUUUUCAAUUUUGUUACAAUGAUGCUCUAUCUAUAAUCUAUAAAAAAUCUGUCUGUACAUAAUCAAAAGCUACUAGAGUUUUUAAAAAGAUGUGAAAAAUAUUAACUUGAAAUCGCUAACUAAUUGCCGUUAAUUUCUAUAAAUUAUCCAAUGUAAAAAUUUGUUAAAAAUAUACAAUCAUUUUAUUUUUUUGCUAUAUAAAUUAUACUUUCAUAUUUAAGAAGCUUCUGUUCAGUUCGAUCUAUUUUUCAAGUUAAAAGUUUGUUGUGUGCCUUGUUCCCUAAUGCGACCGACUGUGAACUCCGAUUCGAUUCUUGAUACCGUAUAAAAGUCUUCAUCGAGGAGAGAUAAGCAAAAGAGAAACGAUAUUAUAGGGAAACUGUAUUUUUUUAAAUGUAGACUUUACGGUAUUGAUUCUCUAAUUACCUUUAUAUCCCACACAGUUAUAUGUUGUUCGAUGCGUAGUUUGAAAAGUAGUUUCUUUGUCUUAAUAAAAGAUUUGGCGUUACUUUUAUGUGCAGCAGAUGGUAAAUAAAUAAACAUGAUUCUAAUUUCUGAUUUAUGUUGCAUGAAAUGGAAAAUAGAAUAAAUGAUAAAACUGUCAGAUCACAAACUCCGUGUGCAUUUGUAGUGAUUUUAUUGAUAUGAAUAAUCUAUUUUUAUGAAGGGCGUUCAAUUUAUAUUGUGUUUUUUUAAUUGUAAAUUUAUAUAUAUACACUAUAAGACACAAACACUCAUGAAAGUUGUAAUUACAUAGAAUCUGGAAAAACACAUAUUGUCUUCAAAAAUAACACAUAAGAAUUUAUAUCUUACCAUUUCAAUUUAAAAUAAUUUACAUAAAAAUUGAAGCACCAUAAACACGAAUAUUUUGAAAAUUAAGUAACUAACUUGUUUAUUUUUUUAUAAAAUUGACUGAUUAGUUGUCUUGUCUAGUAAAAAAUGAAUACAUAUUCUUUUUCGCAAUUCUAAGUAAAACCUUUGAAUUUGUGCAUCCAUCAUAAGAAAUUAAAAUUAAAGUAAAAAUAAUAAUAAUAAUAAUAAUGGACAUAAUAAACAAACAAAUAAACAAAAUUAAGGAGAGCACUUAGAGUGAGAGCAAAAAAUUAGAGCCUAGUAGGCUCUUUUAAUUCCAUCAGAACAGAUAAUUCUACAAUGCGAGAAUUAAGGAAAAAAAAUAAUUAUAGAAAAAAAUUAAGAAAAAUAUUAAUCACGAUCACUUAAGUCGUGGUCAUAUUUGUAAAUGAUGCGCUUACUGCGAUUCGACCAGUAAAUUGCAACUUUAACUAACGUUGUAGAUGUAGGUUCGCCAAGCGUGGUGACAAUUAAAAAAAUUAACAAAUGAAAUAAUAAUAAAAUGUAUAAAUCUAAGCGAUAUGUAUACUUUAGAAUAUUCGAGUGCAACUUCCGUUCCGUGGUAGAUGUAGUUUAAUCAAAAAAAAAAACAAAAAAAUGGAAAGAAAUAUGCGCGAACUCGACGUUUGAAUCCCAGCAGCCGCAUCAUGUUAAAGACAUCCUCAAGGUAUACAUCUUUGAGAUAAAAAUUUAAUAAACGUGCAUAUUGUUGUACAA